ACUAUUCUUAUUCUCUCACCACAUCACUUCCUUUUCCUUCUUUCCAUAGUCACAUAUAAACACACACACACACUCUCUCUCUCCGACGCGCAUUUUAGGGUUCCAUGGACUCCAAUUCCUGGCGCCUCUCCGCCCCUUCACGCCGCUAUCACUCUCGAUCUGGUCUUCAUCAAGUUCUCCUCUAUCUGUUAGUGGAGGAGAUUGAAGGCGGCGAUGAUUACAGGUCGGAGUUCCUCUGCCCUUUCUGCGCCGAGGAUUACGACGUCGUUUCCCUCUGCUGCCACAUUGACGACCACCACCCUAUCCAAGCCAAAAACGGGGUGUGUCCCAUCUGUGGGAAGGUGGGAGGAGAUCUUGUGGGACAUGUCACUACGCAACAUGGGAACUUUUUGAGGGUGCAGCGUAAAAGGAGGGUCAGGAAAGGAGGCUCUACUUCACCAAUUUCUAUGUUGAAAAAAGAGUUACGAGAAGGAGCCUUGCACUCUAUUCUUGGGGGUUCUUCACACAUAGUUCCAUCUGCUUCUGAGCCUGAUCCUCUGUUGUCGUUAUUUAUGUUUAACCAUGUUGUAGCUGAUGAAUCUGUGAGUGUACCAUCUUGUCCUUCCAUUGAAAAUGCCCCUGUAAAAGAGAGGAGCUCAAAAGAUGAUUUCUUGGAAAGAAAACCUCAACAGUUACAGAUGUCGGAAGAGGAUAAAGUAGAGAAGGCUCGGAGGUUUGAUUUCGUGCAAGGGCUACUGAUGUCCACAAUUGUUGAUGGUGAUGUAUUAUGACUGCAUUUGUAGCUCGUAUGCCGCUAUUGUAUUAGGAACAGGUUCUGUAAGCACCAGAGAGAGAGAGAGAGAGAGAGAGAUAGUUAUUCAGAACGAUACGAAGUGGCAGUGGCUACAUUUGAUAAAUAUGUAAUGUGUCUAUAGCUAUGUUCAUAAAAUGCAAACUUUACUUUAUUCCUGCUUUUGUUCUAUGUUAGUUCCAAAUAACCAAUGGAAAUAAAAUUCAUUUACGAGCACCGGACAA